AUGAACGCCAGCGACACGACGCUGGUGCGAGGCUGGGUCUCGCAGCCAAACGGACGGGGCACAUUCGACUUGGUGUUGUCCUGCGCAGUGACGGUGUUCUUGUGCAGCUGGUCCUCGAUAUGGGUCAACGUUCCCCGUUCCGAUCAUAGCAAAAGGGAGCUCUUCUGGGACAAGUGGCACAUGGUCUGCCUGUCCAUGCUCGGCCCCGAGUUCAUCUUCAUGCUGGCCCUGGGACAGUACGUGCGCGCCUACGACUCGAUGAAGUUGUUCCACGACCAAGGGUACAAGAGCUGGACCAUCAAGCAUGGAUUCUACGCCAACAUGGGCGGCUUUGUUUUUCAACCAAGCGGCUGGAAGUCCUUCCCGGUGGACGCCAAACAAGUUCUGUACUUGGUCAAGCGUGGCUACAUCCCUUAUCCCGACAUCAACGAAGCCGCCAUCAAGGACAAGAACAAAUCCGACAGACUGGCGAGAUUCGUCACGUCGUGCCAGAUCAUCUGGUUUAUCUUGAACGUCAUCGCCAGAGCCACGCAACACCUGGCCGUGACAACCCUCGAAAUCACCACCAUCGGCUUCAUCUUCUGCACCUUGGGGGUCAACAUCUGCUGGCGCGAGAAGCCCAUGGACGUCUCGACCGUGACCGUGCUGCACAGCGAGCACACCAUCGACCAGAUCCUGCUCGAAGGGCCCCGUGCCGCGGCGCAGCCUUACCGGCUCACGCCGCUCGACUUUGCGAGUCGCGAAGAGUGGAACGCCACCAAACUGUGGCAGUACAAGGUCAACAUCCUGCGCCGGCUGGGCGUCGUGCGCCAGCGGCCCCGGGUGCGGCCGGUCCAGAACCUCUCGUCGUUCGGCUUCCCCAAGCCGCUGUCCCGCGCGGCGUCUGCGGUCACCUUGGCCGUGGCGCUGGGCUACGCGGCCAUCUUCAUGGCGGCGUGGAACCUCGAGUUCCCCUCCGUGGCCGAGAGGCUGCUCUGGCUCGCCUGUACGUCGCUGACCACGGCGGUCACGCUCGCCGUCGGGGUCAUCGAGGUGGUCCUCCCCGCGCCUGGCGACCCCCAUCAAGACGAAGAGGAAUCCUUGCACACAGCCGUAGCUGCUGGAGGAGGAGGAGGAGGAGGAGGAGGAGGAGGAGGAGGAGAAGAAGAAGAAGAAGAAGAAGAAGAAGAAGAAGAAGAAGAAGAAGAAGAAGAAGAAGAAGAAGAAGAAGAAGAAGAAGAAGAAGCAGGAGAAGCCCAGAAGUCACACCAACCUAGUGUUGAUGGGCGCAGAAGAAGCCCCCGAGGCCUCCUGGCCAGGCUGGCAGACAAGCACUUCAACAACUCCCCGGACAAGGACCCCGCCCUGGAGGUGCCGCUGAUGUCGAUGCUCUUCACACAGCCCAUCUGCGCUCUAUAUACCGUGUGUCGCUUGUACGUGUUGUUGGAGGACAUCAUCGGCCUCCGUGCGCUUCCAGCUAGUACCUUUAAGACUGUCGAUUGGACUGUAUAUUGGCCGCAUAUAUGA